AACUGAGUCAGAAGGAGGAGAUGCUGUCAUCUACUAAUGAGGAUCAAUGAGCCACGGCUUCGCCGGCUGCUUAUAAAGAGCUGCCACUGUUGCUGCUGAUGCAUAGACCAGCAGCACUGGAGCCGCUCAGAUGUCCGGAAUCAUGGCGCCGCGUGUCAAUGCCUCGUGUCAGCCUCCAGUCCGAUGGGGAUGUCCCUACAAUGUGGCUCAACUGGUGCUCAUUGUCAUGGUAACCACCUCCAUCAGCAUCAUCACCGCGCUGGGAAACACGCUGGUCAUCCUUUCCAUUAAAGUCAACCCCCGCCUGCGCACUGUCAACAACUACUUCCUGCUGAGCCUGGCACUGGCUGACCUGGUCAUCGGCCUGGUCUCCAUGAACCUGUACACGCUCUACCUGCUGCAGGGCCACUGGCCUCUCGGUGCUGUUCUCUGCGACCUGUGGCUGGUUCUGGACUACGUGGUGAGCAGCGCCUCGGUUAUGAACCUGCUUCUCAUCAGUUUGGAUCGGUACCUCUGUGUGACGCGGCCCCUCAGCUACCCGCUGAGGCGGACGGGCCGGGUGGCCGGCCUGAUGAUCGCAGCCGCCUGGCUCGCGCCCCUCGUCCUCUGGGCCCCCACCAUCCUCAGCUGGCAGUGGGUUGGGGGCAGACGGGUGGUCCCCGAUGGGCACUGCUACAUCCAUCUGCUGGCCAGUCCUGCUGUCACUCUGGGGACCACGCUUCCCUCCUUCUACCUGCCCGCAGUCAUCAUGAUCGUCCUGUACAGCUGCCUGUCUGCCGCCAGCCACGGCAACCUGGGCGCAGUCGGGUCCCAGCGGGACGGACCCGAGGCGCCCGGUCCAUCUGCUAUCAAACAACAGCGCCAGGCGACCUCUGGACAACCGGAGGGCAGCGAUUCGAAGCUUACGCCUAAAACGCGAGCGACCUCAAACACCGACCUGCACAGGACGGCGUCGGCGGUUCUGUCCGCCCGCCCCGGUCUCGGGUCCAGAGAGAGGAGGCGGCGCCGAGUGAUGGCGAGGGAGCGGCGGGUCACGAGGACCGUCCUGUCCAUCCUGCUGGCCUUCGUCCUCACCUGGACGCCGUACAACGUCAUGGCCGUGGUCGCCGCCUUCUGCCACGUGUGCGUCCCCGACGCGCUGUGGGCCACCGGCUACUGGCUGUGCUACGUCAACAGCGCCGUCAACCCCGGCUGCUACGCCCUGUGCAACGUCACCUUCAGGAGAACUUUCCGCAGCCUCGUGCGCUGCCGCAGGAACACGCUUCGAUGACCGGGCCGACCCAGAGAAAAAGCCGUUCAGACCCAUGUUCUCACUGUUUGUCUGUGACGCUUUUCAUUUAUGCAGGUGAUGUUUAUCCCCAAGGUUCUGUUCAGUGGUUCUGGGGUGUCCCAUGUAAAAGGAGCACUAGUUUAACAACAAUGACAUGUUUUUUUCACAUUUAGCUAAAUGUAAAAAAAGGCUAAAUGUAAACAACAAAUAUAAAUGGUAGUGUAAAUAUAAAUGUUCGCCGAGCUGAUUUCAGAUCGGUGACGCGGACUCAGACGGUGCGCACAGCCCCACUCACACCUGACUGUGGACCGGUGGACAACACUGGAGGCGAACCUGAAGUCCGCGUCACUGAUCUGAGAUCAGCAUUACGAGCGCUGUUUGAGGGUAGGGGUGGAGUCUACUUGCACAUUCAUGAAUAUUCAGUUUUACGCUAUGCGGACAUUUAAAAAUUAUUUACAUUUAGAGAUAAUAUUUACAUUAUUUUUACAUUUAAUAUUUAAAUUCCCAUUUAACAUUUAGACUUUGCCGCAUUUAUCUAAUUGUGAGAAAACUAGUUACGUGCUCAUUUUACAUUCGGCACCAUACUGGGUGAGAUCUGUCCCACUUGACCGCUGCUGAACAGAACCUUUGUGAUGAGGGAGAGGCUGAAAGGUGUCCAGGCCACAGAGGUUCUGGUCAUGGUUGAUACUGCGCCAGUUCCAAUCGUUUUGAUAAAGAUGAGAUGUGCAAAACCAAACGCAUGGUUUUGUAUUUCAUAUAAUUACUUAUGAAUAAAGUGAAGUUGCUAACCUG